AUACUAUCAGUGCUAAUGACUGACCUUCAUUGUAAUGUAUCGCACUUGCACUGCAUAACCUCAGGGAUUCAUAUGUCGAAGAAUAUGCAGGAAUCUGCUAAAGAAUGGAAUAUCUCUUUUGCCGGCUGUGGAUUUCUGAUGGCUUACUACUGUGGAGUCUAUUGCUGUUUAUUCGAACGGGCCCAGUUUCUUCUUAAGAGGGUGAAGAAGAUUUGUGGGGCUUCAUCUGGUGCUCUCAUGGGUGCAAUAUUAGCAUGCCAAAUGUCUCCAUCCAAAUGCUGUGAAAAUUUGCUGGAAAUGUCUCGAGAGGCUCGGAAAGGCACACUGGGUGCUGUGCAUCCCUCCUUCAACCUGCUGAAGAUAGUACGAAACUUCCUAAAUCGAGAUCUGCCCGAUGACGCCCACCUACUCGCCAACGGACGGCUGUUUGUGUCACUCACACGAGCGUCAGAUGGGACAAAUGUGUUAGUGUCUGAGUUUGAUAGUAAAGAAGACCUCAUUCAGGCUCUGAUUUGUAGCUGCUUUUAUCCACUGUACUGUGGUGUGAUACCUCCAAGCUAUCAUGGAAUAAGGUAUGUGGAUGGAGCAUUGAGUGAUAACAUGCCUUUCUCUAGUCUAAGAAGCACAAUCACAGUCUCUCCUUUUUCCGGAGAGAGUGACAUCAGUCCUUGUGGCAACCCUUUUUACUUCCAUGACAUAUACUACAAAAAUGUCAGCAUUCACAUCAACUUCAUUAACGCACACCGAGUGGUCAUUGCAUUUUUUCCUCCAGAACCAGAGGUCUUGGCUGAGAUGUGUCAAAAUGGAUAUAAGGAUGCUUUCCUUUUUUUAAAAGAAAAUGAAUUCCUGAAGCCCACAUCACUGCUGUCAGAGUUGUCCCUGAUUGAUGAAUGGGAGAAUAUUCCAUCAUCUCAGAAAUACAUUAGUGAAAACAAGCCAACAGUGACUGGGAAUUCGAAAAAUAUCCUUCCAGAGUCCAUCAAAAAAUUGUUUUGUAAGGCUAGCGUGAGGGAGAAUGAAGAAAUAAGAUGUCCUCUCUCAGUGAAGCUGGUUUCCUGUCUAAUGUGGUGCAUUUUGCCGGUGGAGAUGGCGUGCAUCAUGCUUUUAAGGCUUGUUGAGUGCACUCCAGAGAUGUGGACAUAUCUGCUGUGGAUGUGGCAGAUGACAAUGAGAACGAUUGGACAAAUAUGGAAGAAAGCUUUCUCAAUAAGUUACAUAUGUACACAGAAAUAUCCAACACUUCACCAACUCCCUUCAACUUCAAACCCAACUCACUGACCAGCUCCACCUCUUGUUCCUCCUCUUCUUAUACAGGUGCAUCUCAAUAAAUUAGAAUG